CAUUUUAUUUCCCCCUCACUAACAAAAAUAAAAAGAAAGAAAAAAGCCCUUGUACGAAGCCAUUUUUUAAGAUCAGCAUUUUGGAAUCAAAACAAAAAGCCUUCCCCAUGGCUGCAUCUUCUCCAUCUAAGAAGAGAAUGAGCAAGGGCAGCAAAAACAAGGCAAAAAUGUUCAGAAAUGGAGCUGAAUCAACUCGGAUCCAACUCAGUAAACCCACUCGCCGCAAGCGCCGCAACUGUUCGCCUGGCGUCCGGCUCGUCGGAAGUCGAAUCUACGAUUCCAAGAAUGGCAAGACUUGUCAUCAGUGUCGACAAAAAACAAUAGAUUUUGUGGCAUCAUGCAAGAAAAAGAAUGGGGAGAAGCAGUGUACUAUUCAUUUUUGUCACAAAUGCCUCUUAAACAGAUAUGGAGAGAAGGCUGAGGAGGUGGCUCUCUUGGAUGAUUGGUUGUGUCCAAGAUGCAGAGGAAUUUGCAAUUGCAGUUUCUGCAUGAAGAAACGAGGUCAGCAGCCUACUGGGAUUCUUGUGCACACGGCUAAGGCAAAUGGUUUUGCUUCAGUCUUGGAAAUGUUGCAUCUUAAGAAUUCUGAAAGUUCAAUAGCUGAUGAGGAGACUAUUCAUGCAGUUGUCUCUAGAGGCAAGCGAAAAGGUCCAAAGAAGGAGUCUAGAGUGGCUGUGACCAGCAAACGAAGAAAGGGGAUUAUCCAUGAAGGGAAAAAUGAUUCAGUGCAAACCAAUGAUAAAAGGACUGAAACUAGAAAUACCAAGCAGAGAAAAUUGAAAAGCAAAGCAUCCGAUGUUAGAAUCCAACUGCCUCAAGGAAUUAUGUUAAAUGGAAUAGCUGCCAUUGAUUUACCUACCAGAGAUGUUGCCCAUGCCUUGCAGUUUCUGGAAUUUUGUGAAGCCUUUAGAGAGAAAAUUGUUGAGAGAGAGAAAGAAAAAGAACUUCUUGCUCAAAAGGAAAAGGAGAGAAACCUGGAGAAAGACAUGAAGAAGAGGCUGCAGGAUGAAAUAGCGAGAGCUAUUCUCAUGAAUAAUGGUGCUCCUCUGUCCAUUUCUGAGCAUGAGGAUCUUGUUUCAAGAAUAAAGCUAGAAGUGGCUCAAACUAUUGAAGUGGCACAUACUCUUGCAAACACACUAGUGGCAUAAGAAAGCUAAGGAGAUGAACGAGACAUCCACUUAUGGUAUAAUAUUCAGCGGAUUGUUCUAUUUUGGUCAAAGAGCUCAUUAUGGUAACCGCAUGGUUAGCCUAUAUAUUCUCCCGAAGUCAUUUUUAUUGUACAAAACUUCGUCCACUUAAAAUAUAGAUAUAUGGUCGCUCUUGAAUUUUGAAUUGAACAGAUUUGUGUUUAGAAUCAUGUAUGUUCAUCAUCCAUCAAUGAAAUAACUUUUGUUUA